AUGGCUGGGAGCUCGUUUACGAGCCUGGCUUCGACGCCGGCGUCGAAGAAGCCCUCGUUCAACGGCCCCAAACGCAGCAGCACCGCAACCAAGCGCAACGCGAGCAUCCUCAAUUUCUUCAAGAAGGCCGAUGGCCCGCCAAAGUCCACGCAGCCCCGCAUCACCCAAUUCGGAAUCAAGAUCGUGCCGUCGUCUGAAAACGGGAGCAGCAAGAAUGGCGGCGGCAAUUCGAGCAGCAGCAGCAGCAAUCGUACCUUGAGCAGAGGAGAGAAGAGUCCCGGGUUGUUGUUCUUCGAGGACGAGAACAGUCGUCGCCCUGCUUCCUCAAUUGCGGACAGGAUCUGUAAGGAGGAAGAGGACACUGACUGGUUCUUUGGGGAAAGAUCCAAGACCCCGGAUGAUCAUCUUUGGGGCAAUCCGAACAGCCCGCUCAAGGCUGAGCCCGCGAAAUCGGACAAUGAAGAAGAAGAGGAAGAAAGGUUCAAUGAGAAUGGAGGAUCUGUCAAACGCCGCAAAACAGAGAGUCCGACUCCUUCCGGAAGAGCGAAUUCGGUCGUUCGACAGCGCAAGGGCCCUUUUAUUGAUGAGUCGGACAGCGAGAAUGAGGACGUUGCCGCGUUACGGGAAUUCGAUGCUAAUUUCUCGCGUCCUGCGGUUCUGCAGGAGACGAAGGACAGUACUCCAGUCGCGGCUGAGGAACGCAACAUCGCCGGCAAGUCUUCUUCACUGGUAAGAGCAGCCACCGGCGACGCCGGAGAUGAUCCUGAUGACGCAGUGACCGAUGACUUGGAACACGCAGAAGAAGACGAGCUAGAGGGCGAGGAUUUCCUGGAGGGCCCAUUGGGGGAGGAGGAGGGGGAAGGGGCCGGACUGGAUGAAGAUGACCAAGCUGGGGAUCUUGCAGGUGAUGCAGUCGGUGGAUGUCGAGAACAGAGCCCCGAGGUGCCCAUGUGUCCAAUCUGCAAGGCCAAUCUUGGGGGACUGUCCGAUUCCGAAGCGUCUGUGCAUGUAAAUGGAUGUUUAGACGGAAAUCCGACUCCGAUUCCAGCCAAGAGUAAACCUACUGCCUCUGUAAAGGGCUUGACACGCUCGGAGAAGGCGGCUAUUGCCAGACCUGCGCAGCGAAAUCCUUUCACCGUUGGAGCUACGGGGGAAACAUCUGCCUUUUCCAAGCUGAUGGCCGGAAAUGCCGAGGAUACAGCGUGGGCGACGGCUGCCGCCAAGGAAGCGGCAUCCCGGGGUAGGCAGGCCUACGAGCGUACAUGUCCGUUCUAUAAGAUCAUUCCGGGCUUCUCCAUCUGUGUUGAUGCCUUUCGAUACGGGGCGGUAGAGGGCUGUCAGGCCUACUUUCUUAGCCAUUUUCAUAGCGAUCAUUAUGCCGGGCUUACGGCCUCGUGGCGUCAUGGUCCUAUCUACUGCAGCAAGGUCACGGGCAAUCUGGUGCGCCAGCAGCUCAAGGUCGACCCUAAGUGGGUGGUCGAUCUCGAGUUUGAGAAGACAACCGAGGUGCCGGGGACGGAUGGGGUGCAGGUCACCAUGAUACCAGCCAACCACUGUCCCGGCAGCGCCUUGUUUCUGUUUGAGAAAACGGUCAAGGGUCCUCCCUCUCCUCGCACGCAGCGUAUCCUGCAUUGCGGCGACUUUCGCGCCUCUCCGGCUCACGUUCAGCACCCGCUUCUGCGGCCCGAAGUUGUGGACGAGGCUACUGGCAAACCGCGUCAGCAGCGGAUCGAUGUCUGCUAUCUGGACACCACCUAUCUCAACCCCAAAUACGCGUUUCCCAGUCAGGAAGAUGUGAUUUCGGCAUGUGCGGAUAUGUGUGCACGUCUCAGCGAGGACUGCGACAACGACGAGAAACUCGACUACCACAAGCGCGGUCAAGGAGGCGGUGCGAUUACCAAGUUUCUCUCUAGCGAAGCGGGGACGGAUAAAUCGAAGGACGAAGGGCAGGAGCAGUCGGCAUCUCGUGGUGGACGGUUGCUGGUAGUGAUCGGGACAUACAGCAUUGGCAAGGAGCGCAUCUGCCUGGGAAUCGCGCGGGCGUUGAAGUGCAAGAUCUAUGCGCCCCCAGCAAAGAAGCGCGUGUGCGCAUGUCUCGAGGACCCGGAGCUGUCGUCGUUACUGACGGACGACCCGCUGGAGGCCCAAAUCCACAUGCAGACCAUGUUCGAGAUCCGGGCGGACACGCUGGCGGAGUACCUACAGUCGCUGAAACCGCAUUUUUCACGCGUCGUCGGCUUCCGUCCGACGGGGUGGAACUACCGGCCGCCCGGGGGACGGCUCCUGGACAAUCCGCCCGUGUCGACGGUGCUGCAUUCGAGCAACUGGAAGACGCCGUUCAGCGUGCAGGACCUUGUCCCGCAGCGAGGCAGCACGCGGGAGAGCUCGUGCUUCGGCGUGCCGUACAGCGAGCACAGCUCGUUCCGGGAGCUGACCAUGUUCUGCUGCGCGCUGCGGAUUGGCCGCAUCAUCCCGACGGUGAAUGUGGGCAGUCGCAAGAGCAGGGAGAAGAUGAAGGCGUGGUUUGAGCGCUGGGAGGCGGAGAAGCGCAAGUCUGGGUUUUUUGUCGUCCAAGGGGAGACGUGGUAG